AUGACGGAGAACCUGGAAAGGAAGACUUUUCUCUUUGUUACGCUCCUGCCACGGGUCUGGAAGCCGGGACCCAUCCUCCGGGACUCCAGGGCUGGCCGACGCGCUCCGGGGUCCCCGCGGGCUGACACACCCCACCGCUCGGCCCCAGCGCCCGCCCGCCGGCCGGGGCCCCACGCCCUCACCUGCUCCCGCUCCCGCAUCCUCGGGGCCGCGCGCCCCGCUCAGCGGCCCGCCUCCCGGGGUCCCGCCGCGCGGCAGCCAGAGCCGCGCCCGCACAGUCCGGCGGCGGUGGCGGUGACGGGAAAGGCCUGGAGGUGGGACCGGCCGGGAGCGCCGCACAAAGAAACCGGGCGGGGGCCGGAGCGACAGGAGGACAGACGGACGGACCGACGAACAGACAGGCACCGGACGCGGGGCCGGAGCAGCGGAGCGGCCGGGGCCGUCAUGGUCCCUGCACACAGAGGACUUCUGGUCAACCGGAAGAUGCACUCACCUACACACCACACAGGCGUCCCACAGGACACCAAGAAGGGUCAAGUUGUGUGUGAGGAAAGAAAAGAGACAUGA